UGCAAACUGUAUGGUUAAACUAUCAACGUUUCAUUCAUCUUUGGAAGAUUGUAUUUGAAGAUUCCUGUAGUUAUGAAAAGUUUUAAUUGGCAGUGGUGGUAACAUGAAGUAAAAAGCUUAAUCCUUCAUUACUAAUUGUAUAGUUUGAAACUAUCAGCACAAAGAAGAGACAAAUUAAAUGAGAAGGUGAGUUCUUCAAACAACAAAGAAUAUUUAAUGAACAUGAGGCUCUACAGCAUUGCUCUGACUUUAAGUCUUACUGUUGUCAUCAUUGAAGCUCGAGAGAGCCGGCUGAAGGAAUCCUUGAACUGUUCCAAUGACUACGAAUCACAUAUGGACUGCACCUGGUCUGAGCCUCGGGAGGGAAAUGCCUUUGUCAAGAUGCACCUUUUUCACGAGGACAAUGAUUCAAAUCUCACAAAGAUGAUCUGCAAUAGCCAAAAAGUGGACUCUGAGAUACAUUGGCACUGUAGGAGGAAUGAAACCAAUUUCAAUUCUGCACGGAUUAAUAUGUUCAUUUUCAAACCUGAUCGGAAGUUAGAAAUCCAACUGAAUGUUGACCUCUUCAAGAACAUUCAGCUUCUGCCACCUGAGAAAUUAAAUGUCACUGCCACCGAAGAAUGUGAUUUCCUACUGGAGUGGAGAGCAGGUGGAGGAACAAGCAGAAAUCACUUGUUGGAAAGCCUUCCCCUGGAUUUUGAAAUAAGCUAUAAAAGAACUUGGGAACUUUGGGAGGAAUCUUCCUCUGUAUUGGUGUCAAAUAAGUCUCAUUAUUGUCUCCGACACAGUAACUUUGUGCCUGGCAGCAGGUAUGUUGCCAGGGUUAGAAGCAAGCCAAGUCCAGAUAGUGAAUUUGCUGGCCGUUAUAGCAACUGGAGUCCAGUGGUUACUUGGCAAACACCAGAAAAUGAUGCUGUGCACAAGAAUCUUCAAUGUUAUUUUAAUGGAAUUGAUCGACUCAAAUGCAGUUGGGAGGUGAGACAAGAAGUCAGCAAUUCUAUCUUGUUCACACUCUUCUACAAAGACAAACCUGGAUCAGAAGAGAUGGAAUGCUCUGAAGUCCAUCAAGUACCCCUUAUAAGCAAUAGUGCCACUUAUUAUGUAUUGCAAAGCUGCGAGAUCAAUGUCACUAACCCUAACAAGCAAAGCCAAUAUUCUGUUCGUGUGAUACCGAAAGAAGAAGCAAAAGAGAUCAAGAUGCAUCUGAACAUCAAGCCAGAACCACCUUAUAACCUGUCCAUGUCAGUAAUUGAUGGUCCUAAGUACAUCCUCCACUGGGACUCCAAAAUCAUUAAUAGAGUGUUUAAUUUGCAAAAGACAUAUGAGAUUUCAUACUGGGAAACUGGGAAACCUUUAGAGGCCCGAGUAGAGAAUGCUAGAAACCCGGAAUUUAUCUUCACUUCAAAGUUCCUGAAACCAGGCAAAAAUUACAUAGCAAAGGUGCGAACAAUAGUAAGUGAUCCUGAUUAUAAAGGUUAUUGGAGCGAAUGGAGUGAAGAAUUUGGCUGGCAAACCACCAGUGGUUUUCCUCUCUGGGGUAUGUUGCUAAUAACAGUGGUCUGUAUCAUUCUGAUGAUGGGAGGAAUCUGCUUUUGCCAAAAGUAUCUUCUCAGCAAGAAAAAGAAAUGGGAAGCAAACAUUCCAAGUCCUCCAAAGACGUUUCUUCUCCCCAAUUUUUUUACGAAAGUGCAAUUGGCAAGCCAUUCAGAAGACACCAGUGCUUUAGCAAAGGAAGGAAUCCACCAUUCCAGUAAACUGGAGAGGGAAUUACUGAUUGGCAGCCCAGCAGCUAUUGAAGAUGGGUUAAAGAAAACACCACAGUUGCUUUGGUCUCAGAAUACAAAAAAGAUGGAGCUUCUCAACAAAGCCAAUUCUGUCCAGAUUUGUCCUAAUCCCAAUACACAAAUAUUUGAUUUUAAUGGCCCAUACAUAUAUUCCUCUGCGGAGUUGGUUGCACAUACUGUUCAGCAGGAUUUGAAAGUUACUCCUUCAGAAAUGAAGGAAACCCGAGUAUCUUUGGAGUCUAUGGGAUUAUUACAGCCUUCUUUGUCUCUUCAGCAACAGGCAGGAGGAGGAAAGGAAAAUACUUUAUUGUCUAACGUACAUCAGCAAGUGGAAGAGAAUCUGUCAUUUCCUAUGGGACAAGAACCAAGUCAAACCCAGGAGGCAAGUGGACAGCUGAAGAAUGAGAAAACUAUAGGGUGUCUUCCCAGCUCAAAUAGCCACUGUCAAAAUUUACCACUAGAUUACAUUGCUACAGUAGAUCUAUCAAUAAGCAAAGAAAAGGGAUGUUUAUGGCCAUUAUCUGAGUUGGCCUUAGAGGAAGGGAUGCUUCCUUGUGCUAAUACAGCACCAGUUUCUGCACACGUGCCCCAAACUAGUGAAAAUUUCUCAAAUUCAGAGUUAUGUCAAAAUUCAUCAAAACCAAUCCUCCCAGUUAUGGACCAAGGUAUUGGUGAUCCCUCAGCAAAAUCCCAGGAAGAAUCUAGUGACUAUCUUAUGAGCUUUUCUGCUACCUCGGGUUCUGUGUCAAAGGAUGAAUUAGUUUUUGCCAUGGAUGAAUCUAAGCAGGACAUUCUUAUAUUCAGUGUUGGAGGCAGAAGCCCUGUUUUCUUAUAUCAAGAAGGUGAAUACUGUUUCUUUCCUGGCUCUAAGACCAAGGGAGACUGUAAGGAUCAAGCACCACCUGUGGGCCACCAGCCUCCAGAAAUCAUUCAAAAAGUCACCAAAUCCCCUUUGGAGACAAAAUUUGCUGAUAGUAAGCUGCAGGUCACCUCCCAGAUCUGCCAAGACAUUUGAAACAUGUUCCUCAAUAAAAACUCCCUAGCCUUCGAAUACAUAAUUUCAUUCUCUUUUGUGCUAUGGGAGGAUUAUUUUUUUACACAGAAGAAAACAAACUGAUGUUAAAAUAUGCACUGCCAAAGUCAGAGAGAGAAGGAAACUAGGUCUCCUGCCCAAAAGGGAAGGCCAUCCAAUCUACUGCAUAGAGGAUACAGGAGAAAGAAGUGCAAAUAUGAAUUUUUACAUAGAUACAAAUAUACUGUAACAAUAUGACUUUGCUUUUGAUAUAUAACAGUUACUGGAUUUCUUUCAUAUUCUCAGCAACACAAACUCUUAUUAGAUAGGAAAUGCCUGCUGGGAACAAAUCAAUAAUUAUUGUCUUGUGCAAUGAAUUUUGUUAAUAAAAACUUUACCCUGCAAAAACAUGCUUCUAUGGAAAACGUCCUCAUUGCAGAGGCAAUAUUUUGGGCACUAUUGCAUUGUUUUCAUACUACAUCCACUUCUACCAAUAAAGAUUGGACUUCCCUAUGCAGAUAUCAGCCUGCAGUUGGACUGAUUAUUUAGGAUAUCAACCACCCCAGAACUAUCCAACCAUUUUUAUGAUUUUUUUCCCCAUGUGCAAUUAAAAAUAAGUCUGUACCUUCUGUGUAACGUUUUUGCAAAGCUUUCAUCUGUUCCAUGACUAAUGAAGAGUCACCAACUUUUAAACUGGAUCCAUGAACAGUACAUUUGGUUGCCUCUUGAAAUUAGCAAAUAGUGAUAUAAUUUUGACCUUUGAAAACUUUAUAUGCAGAUUUGUGUGAUCACGUGUCUAUAAAGUGUCAGUAGUAAGACAAACAGGCUUUCCCUAUUCAUCUGAAUUGAACUUACUUGUAGCGUUAUCAAUAUAGAUAUAUGUACAUUGAAGGACAGAGACUGCAAUGAGAUUUAUUUCACUGCAAGGGAGAGGCAGAUAACUUUCACCAAGGGCUCAUAUGCCUCUUUUAUGCCUUUUUAGGAUUUGCUGCCUUUGUUCUUUUCCCCAUAUUUUUGCUCCAAAGCCUUCUGAAGGUUAAGAUUGAGGGCAUUUUUCUGGAACCAUCUCCCUGAUGAGAUACAAAACAACAAAAGCAACAAUCAUCAUCAUCAAAAUUUAUUGGACAAACUACAAAUUCAAGAAUUUUCCACAUAAUUUUUUGAUGCUAACCUUAUGUUGAUUCAGAAUCAUUGCUGGACUGGAUUAGUGUUGUGUUUUUUUAAUUGAGUUCUACAUCCUUAACUUUUUGGAGAAGCUAGAAAAGAGCCACCAGUGAAAAAGCAACAGCAAAACUGCUUUUGUAAACAUUGUAGUGAAAUUACGUAUGGAUCACUGUAAGGGAAUACUGUACCGAAAUUCAUAUAAACUAUUUUUAAUCUGUUCCUGAGCACAUAGUUUGAGGUUUGUAAACUAGGAAAUGGAUGAAAUCUAAAUAUUUAGAUUAUAGUAAUACCGAAGAUGUAAUGUAUUCAUAACAUUGACAGGAAGAGAAGCUAAGCAUGUUUCCUUCUAGUUGUCCCCUGUAGUGCCCAGAUUUCCUUACCUAGAUCAUCAGUCUUCCUUCCAUGCCAACGUUUGGGAUCCCGUACUGCCCUCUUUAUUACAUCAGGAGUAUAAGAAUCCUUCAUCAAGCUUUUAGUUUCUAAUGGUCCACCUAAAGAAAGAAUAUUUGGACAUGGUUCACUUCUGCUAUUACAAUUUUUGCCCUGAAUCACUGGAAUCGACAGAGAUCGAGGACAAACAGGAAAACGUUAUUGAAUUUUAAACAGUUUCAGGUUUUUAUAUCUGAUGCUGACUAUAAUUUGAAGUUGGGUUCAAAUCUUUUCUUGGGAGAAAUACUGUACUUUUUGAUAUGAUCAUUUGCAUAUUCAGAAAAACAAACAAACAAACAAACAAACAAAAACACCCAAAAGGCAACUUUAGUGUUUUGAAUAACAAUGCUCAGUGCCCCUUACCACUGAAAUAGUUACUGGCACAAGCAGAAGCCUACAGAAAACAUGUUAAUAACUCCCAGAUUACAUUGAAGAUGACAGUUUGAUCCCACAAGCAGAAAAAUUAAAAGCAAAACAACUCGUUUAUUUGUGAAAAUGAUUCCUCUGAAGGAAGAAGGGGUCUCUUAAAUUACUAGCACCAAAUCGUGCUAUUAUUACAGGUAGUCAGUGGUGGGAUUCAAGUAAUUUAACAACCGGUUCUCUGCCCUAAUGAUUUCUUCCAACAACCAGUUUAACAAACUGCUCAGAAAGUUAACAACCGGUUCUCCCGAAGUGGUGUGAACUGGCUGAAUCCCACCAUUGCAGGUAGUCCUCAACCUGCAACCAUUCAUUUAAUGACUGUUCAAAGUUACAACAGCCACAGAAAAGUGACUUAUUAACUGUAGUCACAUUUCUGACUGUUUUAUCACCCCCACAUUCAGGUGAUUGCAGUUUGGGUGCUUGGCAUUUACAACUGGUUGCAAUGUGUCUUGCAGUCAUAUAACCAUGAACUGCAACCUUUUUGCCAAUUUCCAACAAAAAAGACCCAUUGGGAAAGUUGGAUUUGCUUAGCAGCCACCUGAUUUGCUUAAUAACAUGUGGUUUUCUUUACAGCUACCAUAAAAAUUGUCCUAAAGUAGGUUCUGACUCAAUUUGUGACCAAAAUGACUUACAAUGGAAAUUAUGGUCCCCACUUAUGGUCGUAAGUCGAGGACUACCUGUAAGACCAAAACAGGAAGCAUAGAGAUCUGUCUAGCUCACCUUGGAAAAUGUUGGAUCUCAGAUUAUAACCUAGUUCAUAAUAAUCAGCGUAAGGUGAAGCUGUCAUCGGGUUCUCAAGAGAUUUGAAUGGCCAGUCACUGAGUCUUUUCUGUCCUUGGAUCAAUCCAGCUUCACAAAGAGCACGCCGUGCCUGGAAAAUAUACAUAUCUGUUUGUGUGUGUGUGUGUGUGAUAUGAUGAAAUUUAAUUGCAUCCCAAGUUGCUUGCCAUUGUCAAACAUGUUUUAGCAUACCUAGAGGACUAGUCCUGAGUCCUUCGGGAGAAGGGCGGUAUAAAAAUUAAAUAAAAUAAAUUAAAAAAUAGUGACAAUUUCCACUUCCCAGAUGGUUAAGCUGAUCGAAUUUGGCCAAAAGUAGGCUUUCUUGUUUUGGAUUUAUAUCAAAAAGAAAAAGAAAAGAAAAAACCCCCAAACCCUAACUGGACCGCAGUCAAUUUUAAUGGAUUUUUUUUCCCUUUAAAAAUCAAGAUUUAUAAAACACAGCUGUCCUUAAAUGAUAAAUCAGAGUUGUAUGCUUGUCACUUUACUUGAUAUAAAUGGAAUACUUGGAAGACUCCUCAUUGGUGCAAAAUGCUUGCAUGUUGCUGGCUGAGAAUGUUUUGGUUCUUUUACACUAUAUUGUGAUCGCUUUUUAAAAACUGAGGGGCCUCUGUGGCUCAGACUGCUAAUGCAGUCUGUUAUUAACAGCAGCUGCUUGCAAUUACUGUAGGUUCUAGUCCCACCAGGCCCAAGGUUGACUCAGCCUUCCAUCCUUUAUAAGGUAGGUAAAAUGAGGACCCAGAUUGUUGGGGGCAAUAAGUUGAAUUUGUAUAUAAAUAUACAAAUAGGAUGAAGACUAUUGCUAACAUAGUGUAAGCCACCCUGAGUCUUCAGAGAAGGGCGGGAUAUAAAUGCAAGUUAAAAAAAACAAAACAAAAAAAACUAUCAAUAGAUUUUAGAGUACAAGGUACAGUAUUGUUUUGUUUUUUUUAAAGCACUACAUGACUUGGCUCUAAGAGGACCAUCUUCUCCAAGAGCCGGCUGGAGUUCUUACCUUUGGUGUGAAAAUUUUGCUGGAUGCCUAGGUACUUCUCUGUCAUAGACCUUUCCCUAUAGAAUAAUCACCCCAUGGAAACUAGACUGCUGAAGAAUUAGACAUUGUUCCAUAAAACUAUUAAAGCCGACCUCUUAAAGUUCAAUUUAGAAUAGAAUAGAAUAGAAUAGAAUAGAACAGAAUAGAAUAGAAUAGAAUAGAAUAGAAUAGAAUAAUUUAUUGGUCAAGUGUGAUUGGACAUACAAGGAAUUUGUCUUGGUGCAUACGCUCUCAGAGUACAUAAAAGUAAGGAUACAAAUUUGUUCAAAUUUGAACAAUUUGAACGACUCUGAAAACUUUUGAGAGCAAACGCCACUUCAUAAGGAUGGGAUAAUAUGAUUGCUGUGGUCUGAAAUGGAUAUAUUUUUAUUGAACCGUUUUGCCUAGUUGAUUGUCGUAUUUAUUUAUUCUUUCCAUUUUAUUAUGUAUUUUUGUGCUUUUAUUGUUGCAAAGGACUGUGAAUUGUAAAAAUUUGGUGGCAUAAUUUUAAUAAAUAUAAAUCGAUACU